AUGUUUGUCAAAUUUCCUGUAGAUACCCAACUUCAUAUUCAAAGAUUUUCGACUGGAAUGCCACGUCACGAUUUAUUGCUUAGUUCUUGGAACAUUUGCAUUGACGAUAUUUUGGGCGAUCUUGAACCCAAGUUUGUAGGAAAAUUUAGCGAUGCCAUUCAAUCAUUCAUAUAUAACAUGGGAUGUGUACAUCCUCUUGUGCGCGAGUAUACUGAUGCUCGUACAGAUUCUCGAUCAGCAUCUGUGAUGGAGUUGACUGUACGUAAUAUUGAGCUUUGUCUUCGACUCGAUAGAGUUCUCACGCGACUACUGCUUCCCCAAGGACUGAUUGCACAUAUGAACAACUGUGUGUUUAUUGAAGGUGACUUGACCCGAUUUGUUCAUAUCCCGGCAUUGAUUAUAUCGUCACUUCAACUGCCUGAUAUGGUUCGGCAGACGCGAGUACGCAAUGAUUAUGCAGCCGAAGUGUUUCGACUAGAGACAUCGGUCAUCAUUGAAAACAAAUGGGCUUUUGCUGAUGCUGAAGCUACUUCAGCAAGUCAGUACAAAUUUUUACUAGAUGGCGACAUUGAAACGGGAGGCCGUCUUUGGGCUUUUCUCAAUCGCGCAAGAAAGGAUAUAUUUGGCUCACCGCCAAUUCCCCCAACCUUUAAUUUACGAAUGCCGCUUUUUUUUCAAAAAGGGUUUACAGAAGACCCUCAAGCAUCACUUAUACCACUUGAAUUUCAGGCCGAUGUUAUAUUGAAUCGGGUACCGCCUUCGCUCAGUUCAAUUCAUUAUGCAGAACAUCUUUCUAUAUAUGACACGGAGAGCUAUCUUUCAACAUCAUCGUCUUCAAACUCAUUAUGGGUAUCGCAAGAAACACUAAAUCUUGUCAAGCGAUCGUGCACACCCAUAUUAAAUAUUCCUCCCCCAGCUGAAACGCACCGACUUAGAAGUAUGAGCCGUGCAUUACCUAACGAAAAUCGCUUGAGCAUCAAGUUUAGAAAUAAGAGCCUGUUAGUGUUAACUCCGUUGAGUCUCAAGUCUGUACUCCAUGCGGUGCAAUCCCUUACUUCCGAUCAGUCGUCAGAAUCCACGGGUGAUUUCGCACAUAUUCUGGAUAUUUUUCAAAGACAGCAUAUUCAACGGGCAUCUCCAGUUUCAUUUUUAAACAUUUACUCUGUUCUUUUUUCCACCAUCAACAUCAGACUCAUAUCAUCACUUCCAAAUGACCGUCGGACAGCAUGCAUUAUCGAUAUUGUACUGCAGUCAUUUAGUGGAUUCGCCAAAGUAAAAAAGCAAGAGAUUGUUCCAGGUCAGAUUGAUUUACGUCUUGGUAGUGUAGACUGUAGCUUACGUAUUAAAGAAAACCAGCAGUUUCAGUACCAUCAAAUUCCUGGAAUUCCCGACAGUGUAUGGGAAGGAGGCGAUAUCUGGCACAAUAUCAGCGAUCCGAUUGGCUUGUACUUUUCACUCAAGGAUAUCAAUUUGACGUUUGAGAUUGGUACCAGUUCUCGUAAUGUCAUGAAUGUGAAGAGCUUUGAGAUUGAAGCUGUAGAUGCCAUUGUUGAUGUGUUGAUCAUGCAAGCUCAACUAUGGUUUGGAUUUGCACAUCAGUUGCAGAACGACUUCAAAGAACUUAUGCGUAUGCCAACCAAUUUAAUGCAACAGUUUUUGUUUAUGAUUUCCAUUUUUCAAGAAACCAACGAGCUUUCAUCGGUGUCUGGACCGGCUUAUUUUAUACAGAAUGGAUUUGUCGAGGCAGAUGAUGAUGUGGGAUUGCUAUUGCUGUAUUCACGUAUUGUAUGGGAUCUUGUGCGCACAUCAAAGCGAUUUGAUUAUGUGCGUACAAAGGCACCUGAAUUGCUGGCCGUGAGUGAGGGGAAUCUGGAUACUUUAUGCAGUAAUAUAUUGCGAAAAUGGGGACAUUCUCCUUGCGAUUCUUAUCCAAUGUGGUUCUUGCGCUUACUAGAUCCGUCAUCUUUUGUUUCAUCCUCGACAGCACAUCAACAACUUCCUUUAGGCGAAAGUCGUCUUUUAGCAGUGAUUCAUUCAGCAAACCUGUUCAUUUAUGAUGAAUCUGGGGAAUCCAAUUGCAUCAAGCUAAAAAAUAUUGGUGUGCAACCUCGUUUACGAAAUGUCAUUUUACCAUUUGAUCCAGCACUUCAACUCUCGUCGGUUGUGGUUGAACUAGCUGCUAUUACUACUUUAGACUCUCUGGAAAUGACUAUAUAUCCCAACUUUAUCUCGUUUAUAUUGCGAUCUCUGAAAGAUUGGCGAAAGCAUUUGGCACCAUCGGCUGAUUCACUUUCGUCGUCAUCCAUUUCUGCGACACUAUCUCCGGCUACUUUUGAACAGACCAGCACUAUUAUUGCUGGUCAGAAUCGAUCCAUAUCAUUUUCUGGUUUACUACGGGUUAACUCGAUCGUCGUAGCUGUGCAGGAGAAGAAUGCAGAGGCACGUCUACUGAUGAAUGGAAUCACUAUGUCACUUCACUCUGGACACAACAGUUUAGAGAUGACAUCUUCUAUUCCACAUCUGCUUGAAUAUUCAUUCAAUGCCGGUAUUUGCUCGACAAGCCUCCAACUUUUUGAACGAGUAGUAUUGGGCGCCGAAGUUCAAUUGGACAAUAUAUUUUCAUUGAGCCUUUUUGAUGCACAGAUGAAUCUUGCUCAUACACGCGUUCCUUCUAAUGAUUCUGUUGCAUGUGUAAAGUUUAACAAGGUGGCCAUUCGCUUGCCAAGAUCACUUAUUAAAAUCCAAACAUUUUUUGAAAAGCUCAAGGCUGAAGAUAUUCCCCGGUACAGCCAUGCUUUCCGCGAGGCAUCUAUUAUGCCCAAAUCUCCAAUCUUGACUCAAGAAACACCGCAUUUUGUUGCCAAAAAGCGUUUGCUGGAUGUAUUCUUUGCUCAUGUAUCCAUUGAAUCCGAACUACUGACCAACUUUCGCUUUUCGUAUGAUUUGCGUAAUACAACUGUAUCGGUUCUUCAUCAAGGGUUUUCUAAGUUGAUGUCUAAGGCGACUUUUAUAUAUCGGAUUGAUAAACAAGAGGUGCGAUUUUUACCUCCUGAAGCUAGCGAUAUAACUCUGCAGCCUAUUCUGGAUACUUUACCUCUUCCGGCUUCAUUUUCUACUGGAAGCAUUUUGUACAAUCGAGCUGAUGCUACAUCUGCUUGGAAUUCAUUUUUCAGCGGGAAUGUUGUUCUUGAAAACAUCAAUGCCGAACUCAACAUUGAUAUCGUUGAUAAGCUACUUACUACGUACUCUGUUUUACCAAGUGAACUCAGUGAAGUUGUACGUGUCAUGUCCUUUUACACUAAUCAGCGGCGGUAUGUACCACAUUCUGGCCAAUAUUCGCGACUUGCGCCUUCUGAACCGGUAAAGGGUGUAACAAAGUAUGCUAUCAAGGUCACUGUUAAAGAAAUCAUGCUUUCUGUCAACGACCCAUCCAGCUCCGUUUUGAUUGGUAGUAGUUUGCUUGAUGGAUACAUUACCAACAAUACUCCAAACUCUUCGACUUCUAGACUUUUGUGGAGUGUUGCUGCCGAUAACUUGACUAUAUCGCUAGCUCAACGAUCCCCAAACUUCUUUCAGCAAACUGUAGCAUCUGUUAUGAUUGAUUUGAAUGUUCAAAAUUGGCGUGAUGUGACCAAUGAUAUUGGAGUGUAUAGUGUUGAAAAUAUGUACGACGUUGUACUUCGCAAGGUCCAUGCACUCAUGCAGCCCAUUGCAGUGGGUAAAAUUGUAGACGUGAUUACUUUUUGGCAAUCUGCACUUCGACGUCGCAGCAAUGCACGGCAAGAAAGUUUGUCAGAGAUCCGGCUUGACACAAAAUCAGUGCUGGAAUCACUCAAGAUGGGACUACCAGAGUCGAUUGAUCAACCGAGUACAUCCGCUAUACUUGCACGACCAAUUAAAUUGACGCUAAAUAAUUUUUCGAUUUUGGUGCCAAUUAUAGACGAUUUUGAUCUGCAACAUGACUGGAAAAACUUUAAAUCGACAGAUCAGGCUGAAGCAGUUUUGCUACAUCUAGAAUCUGCCGUAAUCAAUCGGAAUGGAUCUAUUUCAUGUGCCGAGAUAUCACAGCUUUCUAUCACAUUCAUUUCCAACUUCAAUCCUUCCAACGAACACGACUUUAAUCCAAACAAUCAUUUUUCACAAAAUAAGUCCAUACUUCCACUUAUAAGGGUCAACAUAACACACUCAACCACUAUUGAAAAAACCUCUGUUGAGAUUGACUCCCACAUUAAUGGAUUUACGAUUGAACUAGACUCUUCAAUUUCCAAAAAGAUUAGCAUGCUCGGCAAUAUUUAUAAACGCGGGAAACAAACAAUAUAUGCAUCAUUUCCGCAAUCUGCUGAUGGUGAUAUCAAAAAGUUGCAAGUGCUUGGAAAAACUGUUGGGCGUAUUGAAAGUGCUCUUUUGGAUACAACGGUAAAUGGAGGGAUAUUAAGAAAUCGGAGUUCAAAUCCGUAUCUUUCUAAAACAUCCGAUCCGUUUGAUGUAUCUAGCAUCAUGCAGGUCAAGGGAUUGUUUGAGUUUGCAUCUGGAAAUAUUAUUGUCAGGAAUAUUCCGCAGACAUCGCGAUCGAUGCAUGCAUCGCAACAGUAUAUCCCUGCCAAUGCAAACAUUGAGUUGGAUACAUUGCUAAUACCUGGACUGACCCUUACUCUGACUGGUGCAACGACAACCAACCCUCAAUCUCUAUUAAAUGACAAAUCCGCACCCUGUGGGCUUCACAUGGAACUGACAAUUCAUCCAAGUGAAAAUAUUCUAAGUCCAAGUAUUGUAGGCUUUUUUGAGGACUUGAUUUCCAAUAUACAGCACCCUACUCAACGGCGUGAUAAUGCAACAAUGGCUUCAGAAACUACCACGUCUGCUUCAGAGUCGAGUGAUGGUAUAGCAAACCCUUUGUCAAUCAAUACAGCGAAUACAAAAGCGUUUAGACCCUUUGCAAGUGCACAUGCUGCGGAUGAACUUGAAUCUGCUGCAAAGAUGCAAUGGAACGCUGGCUAUACUGGAUCUGCCAAUUACAAACAACUUGGCAUUACAUUUUUACUAAAGCUUUCUCAAACAAGAGUUAAUCUUAGUUGUCAGCCAUAUGCCAAAGUUAUUUGUACGCUUCAGCUUGAAAAGGCAAGUAUCGAGGUUUUGUAUGUUUUUACUAUAACGAUUUGGAUGUUAGGCUAA